GGCGGCUGGCGGCGGCGGCGGCGUGCGCGUCGCUCGCUGGGCUCGGUCCCGGGUCCCGCCCCGCCGAGCCCCGCCCCUCCGCCCGCGAGGGCCCCGGCGGCGCGACCGCGGAACCUCAGUCCCCGGGCCAGGCUGGGGCGGCCGGCCCGGACCCGCCAGAUGAGGUCUCCUGUCUCUAGGGAUGGUGAAGUUGGACAGAGGCUCCCUUAACCCUCCUCCGGGAUGAACCACCUGCCAGGAAACAUGGAGAACACUCUCUCUGGGAGCCAGAGCUCCCAUGCCUCUCUGCGUGAUGUCCACUCUAUCAACCCCACGCAACUCAUGGCCAGGAUCGAGUCCUAUGAAGGAAGGGAAAAGAAAGGCAUAUCUGACGUCAGGAGGACUUUCUGUUUGUUUGUCACCUUUGACCUCUUAUUUGUAACAUUACUGUGGAUAAUAGAGUUAAAUGUGAAUGGAGGCAUUGAGAACACGUUGGAGAAGGAGGUGGUGCAGUAUGACUACUACUCUUCUUAUUUUGAUAUAUUUCUUUUGGCAGUUUUCCGAUUUAAAGUGUUAAUACUUGCAUAUGCUGUGUGCAGACUGCGCCACUGGUGGGCAAUUGCGUUGACGACAGCAGUGACCAGUGCCUUUUUAUUAGCAAAAGUGAUCCUCUCGAAGCUUUUCUCUCAAGGGGCGUUCGGCUACGUGCUGCCCAUUAUUUCAUUCAUCCUUGCCUGGAUCGAGACGUGGUUCCUGGAUUUCAAAGUCUUACCUCAAGAAGCAGAAGAAGAAAGCAGAUCUGAAGAAGAAGCUGAAGAAAAACAAGGCAGUGAAAAGCCACUUUUAGAACUAUGAGUACUGCUUUUGUUAAAGUAAGUGUUUGAAAAUGAACAACAAAGUAGUUAAACAUGGAGCAUUUCCUUGGAGUAGAUUUAAAGUAGAAUUCAAAAAGCAUGAGUAUAAAUAUACAGUCAGUUUUGUCUUCUAUGACUUUAACAGGACCAUUGAAUUUCAUUACAGUAAAAUUUCAUAACAUUUUCUGUACAAGUGUAAAUUUGUAAAAUUUGAAAAAUACCUCAGAGUCCCAGAUUUCUAAAGAAUGAGAAAAUUUAUGUUUGUUUACUUGACCAGAAUGUCUCUAUGGUAGAAACUGUUUUAAUUACAAGUAGUAAUCUGUUUAUUUUAUGAGGGUAGCAAUCCUGUGAGAUGUCGUUCGCACCGGAGGCAGUAGAUAGAUGAAUGACAUGUCCAAGGUCUCCCAGCAGGAGUGCAGAGCUGGGCUCAGACCCACCUAGGCUGCUACUGCUCUAGCCCUGCCUGCACUGAGAUGCCUCUCAGGUUUUGGAGCUUCUGAGAUGGAUGCUGCUAUACAUUCAAGACUGUAAUGCUUCAAGGGCUUCAUGGUAGAACAUAUAUGUUAAGCCCUCGAAGAUUUUCCCAUCAAAGAAAGUCAUCACAACCUCAUAAGUACAAGGCAAAUAAAGUAAACUGUAUCAGCAGCAACUCUGCCUAAUUAUUCAGCCACAGAAAAUAAAGUAGGUGAUGAAUUGCGUCAUCGUUGGGAAGUCGGGACAGAGUGGCAGAGGCAGCCAGGGUCAUGGCAGAUGGUGGCAGCAAUGCACGUCAGCCCUUCUCUCUACAACGGAAGUGUAGACAAGAGUGGGCAUGUGGCUAACUGGUCCUCUUCCAGAUGCUUUAAGAUGAGUCCAUGUGUGCCACAGCCACAGUCCUUUAUGCGUCUGUGUCACAGCCCAUCUUCAGGACAAGACUGUGUUAGGAGGAGCAGACUGAAUGUAGCAUUUUGCCUCUUAAUGCUACAUCUCAACUUGUUUGUCUUCACUCUUUUUGUAAGUGUGAAGAACCCUCCCUGAAAGUCAUCCGAGGGAAAAGAGACUGGAGGUGGGUCUCCCUAUUGAGAGUGGAAAAGGUGACAUCCACCGCUGACUUUACUGAACAGCUAAUAAGGAGUUUAUUUAUUUGUGAUACCUCACGGACAUUGUACCAUACCCACCCACGUUAGUUGCCUGCCUGUGGCCAGUGAGGUCAUGUAACGGUCCAUUCUCUCUUCAGUGAGACUGAAUCUGAGCUGUUAAUGAAUAAUUGAAGAGAAGUCUUGCGCUAUAUUCCUAAUCAAAAGACGUCUUAAUAUAUUGAAAUAACACUUUUGUAGUAGGUGAAACGCCUUUUUAUUUCAAGUCACAGAAUGGAAUUUUUUUUGUCUCAUGUCUCAGAUUUCUUUUGUAUUUCUUUUUUAACACCCUGCAUUUCCCUUGUGUUUUUUAAUUCAUGCACAUAUGCUCUUUGUACAAUUUUAAAAAGUAAUAAAAUCCAACCUAUCAAAAUGA